AUGCUACUUCUUGUGGCUGGUCAUAUACUUGGCCUCUGUGUCUUAGUUGGAGGACGAACUAGUCGGAACGAUUGGAAGGAUCAACAUCCUCAACAACGGUGGAGAUUACAAGCUCUUCGUCUGCCGUGUUAUAGCUGUAUGAGCCCAUACUUGGAGGAUCACUAUCAGUACAUAUCGAAUCUAUACCGGAAGCCAUUAUCAUUUGAUGUCCAUUGUGAUAGACAUAGUCUCGAUAGGAAUUAUCUUUAUAUAAAGAAUUGUUCGGAUAUGUGUGUGACACUACGUAUAAACGAUGUCGUUGGAGGCCGACGACGGCAUGGUUACAUGCGUGGUUGUUUAUCAGACAUCAUUGGUUAUAACCAUAGUUUAGUAAGAGUACUGGGUGAAAUAAAGGAAUGCAUAGAACCAACUGCUCGAGAGCUUUUCAUGGCGACAGCUCAACGUCAAGAGCUCGACUCAUCCCGUUUAACGUUAUGUGGAUGUCAUAGUCCACUAUGUAACUCUUCCAAUAACUUAUUGAAACCUCUAAAGAUAUUAAUAUUAUUGAUAUUAAUGAUAUUUUUUAUAGUAUCAUAG